AUGCAGAAAUUGAAGGCUGUCUUUCGCAGCUCGAGCAAAAAGAGAGCUGCGCAUCCUGACGGCUACGACCAACAUCCCACCGACGCAACUCUACCUCAAUCAUCUCGCAGCGAUCGACGGGCUACUUCUCUUGAUGAAAGGCGCUCUCAAAAGUCUUCAGAGUCUUCCAAGGCAGGCAAUCAACAACAUGGUCGCAGUCGGCCGCUGAGUUCAGUCUACGACUCGCGCUUGAGCAACGCUUCCGGAGCACAAGUUAGUGCUGUCGACCAUGCGCAGCCCCAACAGCACCAAGGAGUCAACAGUUCAAUCGCUAGCGAUUACCAAGCUUACCUACCCGCUCUGACUCCAGUCCACGAUUCGCAAGAUGAACAACAUACGUUGGGAGGCGACAGGCGACUGAUGGUUGGUCAAAGCGAUACUCUACACGAGGAAGAUGUAGCCGACCGAAACAUCGACCGCUAUAGAACCUCGCUCGACGUCUCGAAACGAAAGCCCCUUCCAGAAGCACCUGGUAUGUACAUUGAUCGGUCCACUGUACUGCAUGAAGCGGUGGCAGCCAUUUUCACGAAAAACCAAGUUAAUGGCUUCACAGUACCUGAAGAAAAGGAGGCUGAACGAUUCAAUCGAAGAAACUCCACCGCCUCCGGAAUCAGCUCGAAACAGUCUGCGGCCACUGGGAAAUACUCGUUGGGUACUGGGGAUCGCACCACAGGUGGACUCAUAGAUAGUAUCUCCCCGCAUACGGAGGCUACUGCUCACGAGAAGAAUCACUGGAAGAAGACAGAUUGGCCCGCGAAAAGCGCCCGCGCUGAGCCACAGGUGAAUUGGGGUAAAAGAAGACCGCAAGGUUCAGAAAGCGAGGAUGGACAACCACAAUACCCGCCAGACAAUUUGAAGGCCCGCCAGCAGCUGCCGACCAGGCUGAAUGAAACGCCGCAUCAUCCCAGAGUUGCUGUGGACGGACAAGACGACAUUGAGAGGGAAAUAGAACAGCUGCUUGGUGGGGUUGUUGAUCUAAGGAACACAGUUGAUGAAGACAAAGACGUCCAGUGGGCACCAGGUACGUUCUGUCCUGUAUAUGAUCUCGAGAUCCUCCCACCGCGGCAUUGGAAGCCCAAUCCCAACGGGCAAGGUCUAAUUGAGAUUUCCGCCGAUGAGAUACCUUCACAAACUGGCCAUAACAGACGCUGGAAGAUCGUUCAAGAACACACAGAGCUCCCUGCAGGAUCACAGCCCAUCUGGCGUAAAGAACCUGAGAUCAUUGAGCACCCCACCACCAUCACGGCUGAAGGGUUCGAGCGUAAGGAGACCACGAUCAUUCACCCACCGACGCUGCAAGAUAUGUCCGAGUAUGAUGGGCCAGUGCAGCCAGUACAUUUCGACCACAAAACAGGAAAGCGAUGGCUGGGUGAGAUCACAACCAUGCACAAACUCAGAAACGAGCUGGGGCAGGUGUCAGACCCAAACGUAUCGCUGAAGGAGCUCGGCCAAACCUUGCCAGAGGUCCCAGCACUAUCUAACACCCCGCAUCUAUCGCAGAGUCCAUCGAUGAAGCGCAAGCCCAUCAACGGAAAGUUGCAUGGAGCAAACCAGCCAGAAAGCGUGGCUAUCGCCUUAUGA